AUGAGCCGCGGGCAGCCCGGCGGGCGAUCUCGCAGCCCCGGCGGGCGCUGCCCUUGCCGGGCGCCGUCCGACCUCCGCCGGGGUCGUCCCAGCCCUUACCGGCCCCGCGGCCGCUCCCAGGCGGUCGCCGCCGGUCCGGCCCCACAUUCGCCGCGACAGAUUCGCCACAGGCAAGGGGCUACCGGCGGGAGCGUCACUGGGCGCUGCCCCGCUUUUCUAGGCCUGGCGACCUCCUGCCUCCCCGGACUGUGGGCUCAGCGCGCCGCGGGCGGGCGGGGAGCGGCGGGCGGCUGCGUGCGGAAAGUGCCGCUGCGGACACUCAGGCACCUCCCUUCUUCCCUCCCUUCCUCCUUCCUUCCUUCCCCCCCCCCGCCCUCAGCGGAUGAAAACAAACAGCGGCGAUGGCGACGGCGAUGGCGGCGGCACGGCGCAGCCCGCGGCUCUGAGGGCAGCGGCAGCCCCGGCCCGGCCCCCGCCGCCGGCCGCGCAUCCCCGCCGGCGCUGACACUCGCGGCGAGACCCCCCGGGCCGGGAACGAGGAGGAGUAGGGGCUCCGGCCGGAGCCCCGGAGCGGCUUCGGGGCUUGGAGGCGGCGGUCGCGGCCCCGGGGCCGCGGGGCUCUCCCCGUGCCCGGUCGGGGCGCGGAGGAGGCGCCGGGGCGCGGCGGCGGAGCGGGCCCCGCAAGGGAUGAGCCGCCGCGCCGCCAGCACUGCCGGCCCCGCGCAGGUACCGCGGGCCCCGCAGGGCAGGGCUGGAACUUCGCGAGCCUGCGGGAGACCCUUCCUGGGGAGGGGGCUGUGA